UCAAUCUCUCUCUCACGUGUGGACCAUCAAACAGAUCUUCGGCGACAUCAGCCAGAUCUCAGGCGACUUCCCAGAACAGCAAGCAUGCGGGGUCGAGUAAAUAGCAAUCACUGGGGCAAAAAGAGGAGAAACAAACCUGUAAAUCUUGGGCAGCAUCUUGGGCAGCAUCGUGGGCAGCGUCUCGAGGAGCAUCUCGGGCAGCAGUUUGAGCAGUGGAUAAUGGACAACCGCAGAGAGAGAGUGCGAAGGCUUCGCCGUCGCAUCUACUUUUUGUUUGAGCAGUGGGUCAUUGAACAUCUCAUCAUUUUGUUCGGACUGCUUUUUGUUUUUCUGGCCAGUUUAAUUGGUAAAGGCCUGUUGCGUUUUGCUGCCAAGAACAGCAGCCCUUCAUAUCUUUCUCAUCCACUCAAGAAUAAGCAGUCUGUUAAGCUUACUAAUCUCUCCAAGGACCAGGUUGAUGACAUCAACAUCCCAAUUGAUGGUCCUUACAAGCCUCCUCAAUACAAGCACCGUGGGAAGAGUGAGUGA